AUGGCCAUAGCUCAGCUUUCUCAAUCUAUCAUUCCCAAAGCAGUUAAGGAAACAGUUUUUUCAUCUCAAAUUACAAAUGUUCAAGAAUCAUUGAUUAUGGUGAAGAAACUUUUUGCUACAUCUAUCUCCUGUAUAACAUAUCUAAGGGGAUUGUUUCCAGAGAGCUCUUAUAGGGAACGCUGUUUGGAUGGCUUCAACAUAAAAAUCUUGCAAAAAGAUCAAACAUGCCCUGGUUCCCAAUAUGUUAUCAAAUGGAUUAAAGGCUGUUUUGAUGCUUUGGAGAAGAAAUAUCUACACAUGGCAGUACUUAAAAUUUACACCAAUCCCAAGGAAGCAGAGAAAGUAACGGAGAUGUACCAGUUCAAAUUCAGAUAUGCGAAAGAAGGAGCCACUAUGGAUUUUGGCAGUAGUAAUACAAGUUUUGAAAGUGGAAUACACAAUGACAGUCCUAGGAAAGCCAGUAUUCUUCUCAUCCGUAAAUUGUAUAUGAUGAUGCAAAAUCUUGGACCCCUUCCUAAUGAUGUCAUACUUACCAUGAACCUCCACUACUAUAAUGCAGUGACCCCAUGUGAUUACCAACCCCCUGGUUUUAAAGAAGGGGUUAACUCACACAUUCUUAUAUUUGAGGGGCAGCCCUUACAUCUGCAAGUGGGAGAGUUUUCCACAGGCUAUCAUAACAUUAAAGUGAAAGUCAUAACUACGGCUACCAGAGUACGUGAUUUCAAGAGACAUCGCUUUCAGGAGAUCAGCACUGCAAAGAUUGCCCAUCAGGGUUUAGAAUGUGAUGAGGAAGAAGAGGAAUGCAACAAUAAUGUAAGAAAAAUCUUUAUUAAGUCUUCAUAA